UUUUUUCUUUUGUGAAUGCAAUGUGCCUCCCUAAAUAGUAGUCGGGUAGAAAGGGGAAAACUGCUGUCUGCCUGGCAACUUGUCCAGUCCAGCACAUAACUGCCCAUAAAACCAAAAACAAUCUUAUUUUUACACUACGCUUUUGUAUAUAUUCAACGGACGAGAUAUAACCUGUUAAUUAGUGAGCUUUUAAAGUUGCUGACUGACUGAGGGGACUUUCUGCCAAGUAACUACCAGUCUGGAUGUCUGCACGCUGAGCUGCGGCGAAGAAAUGGUUAAUCAAGGAUGCAAAAACAGAGACACCGUGAAGGAAGGAGAAGACGGGGAAACAGACGAGCUGCAGACCAAGCACCGCGACAUCCUGGACAAUAUCCCCGGGUGAUGUGUUUGAUCCGCUGGCCUGUGUGCUGAGGGAGACACCGCCGACCUUAAUCUGAAGACCUGCAUCACGUUAUCACAGAUAGAAAAUUUGCGUGAAAGCCAGAGGAAAGAUGGUGACCGUGGAAACCGCAGAGGCUCCUGUACCUCUGACAGCGCUGUCACGCUGGUACCUCUACGCCAUCCACGGCUACUUCUGCGAGGUCAUGUUCACAGCCGCCUGGGAGUUUGUGGUGAACUGCAACUGGAAGUUCCCCGGCGUGACCAGCGUGUGGGCGUUCUUCAUCUACGGCACCUGCAUCCUCAUCGUGGAGCAGAUGUACCUGAAGCUGCGCGGCCACUGCCCCGUGCUGCUGCGCUGCAUCAUCUACACUUCGUGGACAUACCUGUGGGAGUUUGGCACGGGGCUGCUGCUGCGCCAGUUCAACGCCUGCCCCUGGGACUACUCCGAGUUCCGCUACAACUUCAUGGGACUGAUCACAGCCGAGUACGCCGUGCCCUGGUUCUGCGCCAGCUUCACCGUGGAGCGCUUUGUUAUCCGGAAAACGCUCCGGCUGCGAUUCCACAAGGGGCCCGAGGACGGUUGGUCAAACAAUCAGUUGGAUGCCGGGGCGGGAGGAACCGCGGGUGGUGGGAGAAGGAGAGAGGGAGGCAGAGGGAUGGCAAAUGAUGCUAAUGGCUACCUUAAAGGAGAAUGAAUGAAUGAAGGAAAAACUAAAUCUGAAACCAGCCCAAUUGCCCAG